AUGGGACACGGGCACAGCCGGCCCCACGCGGGGACACGGGGACAGCCGGCCCCAAGAGAGGACACGGGCACAGCCGGCCCCAAGAGAGGACACGGGGACAGCCGGCCCCAAGAGAGGACACGGGCACAGCCGGCCCCAAGAGAGGACACGGGCACAGCCGGCCCCAAUAUGGGACACGGGCACAGCCGGCCCCAAGAGAGAACACGGGCACAGCUGGCCCCACGCGGAGACACGGGGACAGCCGGCCCCAAGAGAGGACACGGGGGACAGCCGGCCCCAAGAGAGGACACGGGCACAGCCGGCCCCAAUAUGGGACACGGGCACAGCCGGCCCCACGCGGGGACACGGGCACAGCCGGCCCCACGCGGGGACACGGGCAUAGCCGGCCCCAAUAUGGGACACGGGCACAGCCGGCCCCUCGCAGGGACACUGCCACCCGCGCCCCACUGCGCCUUUGGGCUGCUCCUGCACCCUCCGGCAGCCCUGGGGAUAUCGCCGUGGCCGUCACCCCCGCAGGUCCGUGUGGCGCGGGUGACACCCUGGAGCGGGGACAAUCCCGGCCGGGGACCCGCACAGCCCGGGCCCGCAGCCGGCGGGAUGAGCGGGGACAAUCCCGGCUGGGUACCCGCACAAUCCGGGCCCGCAGCCGGAGGGAUGAGCGGGGACAAUCCCGGCCGGGGACCCGCACAAUCCGGGCCCGCAGCCGGAGGGAUGAGCGGGGACAAUCCCGGCCGGGGACCCGCACAAUCCGGGCCCGCAGCCGGCGGGAUGAGCGGGGACAAUCCCGGCCGGGGACCCGCACAGCCCCAGCCCGCAGCCGGCGGGAUGAGCGGCGCUGACCCCGCUCCGGUCCCUCGCCGCGGUGCCUCACGCUCCUGUCGCCUACCCGCGCAACAAAGGAUGCUGCAGCCCUGCCUGCGUGGGGCUUCUGCAACAGUCAGGGGCUAUGGGCUGUGUGAUGGCUACUUCAAUACCUAA